AUGCCAUGGAACGGUCCCUCUCCUGUCACGUCUACCGUCUGGCUCCGUCCCAACCUCGAACCGCGCCAACGCCAACGCCAACCAUGGACGUGCCGUCGUCCGUCACCCGUCACAAGCCUCCCUAUUCCAUCCCAGCCUACUAGGUGUUGUCUUCAAAUGCUCAGUCCGUACAGCGUCACUGUAGUAGUGUCUGACCGUGCUGGAACAACGUUUGGCACCUCGACCCCGCCCUACCAUCACUGUCUAUCCCCAGUCUCUCAGUGCGCUCCAGAUUCUGACGGAGCUGAUUCAAGGUUGGGUGGGGAGACGGCAUUCCUACCUUUUCUUGCGCCAUCAGGGUCGACCAAUACUCCAAUUUCUAAGCAGCCGAGUCAAACGAGUCAACAAAAACACCUCACGGAAUUUCGAUAA